GGGGGAUAUGCUUGGGACUUGUCGACAGUCCAAACCGCCCUGAUCAUUUCAACCAACUUGGCCUACAAACCCAAGUUAUGCCGGAAGGAACAAUGCAUUUCACAAUCGCACUGAAAAGCAGCUUCCACAGGGGCCACACGCUCUGCCAAGCAGGAGAGAACACGGGCUGCUUUCCCUCUGUCCCGUGUAUGUCUGCACAUUCUACGGCUGGUGCAGUCAGCUGUGACAUACCUCCUCCCCCCUUUUUUUAAUUUUUUUUUUUCAAUUUUUUUUUUUUUUUUUUUUUAAUUUUUUCAUUGUUUCUAUUUCGUUUCUUUUAUAGCAGCGUGGUAUUAUAUCAAGCAUCGGGGGUUCUGCGAUUCAAAGAAUAUAAUAAAUACCUCUCAUAGCCACUCCCACACCACAUAGAGAGUGACUGAUUGACACAACACCAAACAAUGGCUAUGAUGGAAUGGCUUGCCGAAACAUGGAUUAUCCGCAUCCUCUUCUUCCUCAUCGCCUACUAUGCCGCCAACUCCCAGAUCGACCGCGCAACCCGCAAGGCCAACUCCGCCGAGUAUCGUGCCCGCAGAGCCGAACGUGCCCUGGAGAACGCCCAGUCGGACAUUCGCAUCAACGCAAACGAGUGCGUCGAGCUGCGCAAGAGGGUCAGCUAUCUCGAAGAGAAGAUGGACGAGUACGUGCGCGUGCUGGAGGCGCUGAGCGUGCCUUUCGCGUCGUCGGCCGUGGAGGACGACGGCGACAGGGUCGCGAGUAGAGGGGUCUGUGGGAGCAGUUCGGUGGACGUGGAAGCUCUGUCGGGCGCCCAGGUCGGGAUCCCAGCGUCCACUGCACAGGCCAGGUUGGAUAGUUCUCUAUCACACAAACAGCAGCCCCGGCAACAUCAACAGCAUUACAUUAUAAGAUCCAGCGAUGGAGCCAAGGAGCCCACGGGAAGAUCUUCAAGUUCCUCAGACCAAUCCACCUCGUCCAGCCUCGAGAGAAUAUCCGGGCUCCGGGACAGACUUGAAUCCCGCAAAGACUCUGUGAUAUCAGCUUUGAACAACCUGUCUGGAAGACGGAGCAAUCGGGGAAGCAGGUCCGGAGGGAUUUCAGCCAGUUCGAUCUACCAUACUAUGCCAGGUCGUGCUCUUGUACGGAUGGCAAGGAGAUCGCGUUCAAAAGCUAGCGAUAGUGAAGCUAUAGAAUGAACGUCCUGCGAGUGUGUGGCACCGUAAGAUAGCGAUGAUGCUGCCAGCCUUGAUGAUACCGUUUGUCACGACUGUCGUAUACUUAUAGAGCGUACUCUGCGGAUAACGAAAUCUUCGCACUAGGUAGUUAUUUUCAUGACGAACAAAGGCUGCCUCGUAUGGAAGAACUUCCGUGGAGUGUGGGGUGAAGAGGGCUUUUGUUUUGCAGUUUACCUACACAUACAGCAUUAGCGGCUUCGUCUGACCCUUUGUGUAAUAGGAAGAUUGGGUAUCGGGCUAGCUUCUUUUCGAAUAGAAUUCGGCGCUUCUGACUUUUUCCA